CAACUAGCAAAAGUCUACGUGGAAACUAAUACGCUGUGCUUAAGAGUUUUCCUAAAUCGGUAUGUUUUAUCAUUUGGUCGAUUCUCCAAAUUGAGAGACUUCUGAAACUGUGAAACCCAUCUUGUGCUCCCCUUCCCAGUUUCCUCCCUCUCCCUCCUCCAUCUUCACCCUCCUCCUCUAUCACCUUCCUCCAUCUCUCCGAAAGAUUCAAGUUCGACAGAUGAUGGGUUUUUGAACCCUAACUCUAAAUUUUCUAAAUUUUCCGGCUGUAUGAUUCUCACUCCCGACUUAUGAUUCUCUUAUUUCUCUCUUCCUUUAUCAGGAAUAUGACUCACUCUCUAGUUCCUUCUCCCUCUCUCUUCAAAAAAAAAAAAUAUUUUAAGGUAUUUACUGGAUGCAUCAAGGAUUGGAAAGCCUUGGCUAAGUGGAGUCCAUCGAAUGGUGGCCUCGACUAUUUGCAGGAAUGGGCAGGGUCGUGUACUGUGGAGGCAACGCGAACAAGAUCUGCACCUGUCUUUUAUGUUGAUCUAGAAAGUCGCAAGAGGGUUUCAUUACCAUUUUCUAUCUUCAUUGAUUAUCGUAAGCAACAGAAGCAAAAAACAAAGUGUGGUACAGACGACGAGCCUAAAGAGCAUGCUUCUGAACUCUGCAGUUGGGGUCCAAAAAUGCUAGUUGAGAAGGAUUACGGCGUCGCGAGGGAGAACUGCAGUUUCCCUCCUUUUGUUUUCUUUUUCUUCUUUGAUUUCGUAAGCUUUUUCUGUCUUUCAUUUAGUUUUUGUUUUUUUUUAAUUCACGCGGACAUGGCAUCCCUGCGCAGCUCUCUUGCGCAAAAUCUCCUACCUGUAGCGGAAUUGUAAGGAUAAUAUUUGUGAAGAAAGAAGAAGGAUUUGCAGCGAGAUUGAUAGGCUGAGGCUCAAUCUAGCUCUGACGCCAUGUUAAAAUGUUAAUGUAAAGGAAAGUUUAACAAAGAAGAAGAUGAGAGAAAACUGAAUUCUCAAUAAGAUGAUAAAAACUUACAUC